AUGCAUGAUGAGAGUGGUUGCGCAAACUACAAUGGAGAGGCCGCACUGCAGUUGUCGGCCGGGCUAGUACCCAAGCUGAAGCAUGUUUGUAUGUGGGAAAAUAUAAGAAUUCCAUCUAGAGAAAUCACACGACAGAAGCCCAUACGGCCACAAUGGCAGGGCCUUCAUCCUCAGUCAGACAGCGAAUGGCGCGAGAUGCCCCAAACUAAAGAUGCAAUUCAGGGUCUUGCUAUCCAUGCCUUCCUACCACUAACGCUUAAACGCACUGGGUAUCGUGAGGAAGACGGGCAAAAUGCCCCUUGCAUCCGUAUGUUACCUUUGAACGACGGAAAAGAUCAAGAAGCGAUGGCAAUCACCAUGCGCCAAGUGCUCAUCAACGCUGCUGUAUAUGAGAGUCUCGCGCAAUCCAUCUUUCAACAAAUGCCGGUAACUCAUACUUUGGUCGAAGUCGGCUUACCUCCAAAGCUGGAUUUCGCAUUCUUGCAUGGAUGGGGAGAAGCUGGGUAUGCAGGCGUGACCCUCGAGGCACACCAGACUCUGCAAGGACAAGCUGCCUAA